GUGAAUCAGCUGGUUUGCUUUCAGCCAACAUGGUGUAAGUCUGACUUACACCACUUUGGUCGGUCUUGGAAAUCGUUUUGAGUUGACUAUUAUUGAAGUGCCUGCCAUUGUGUACUCUGUCUGCAAGAUUUUGUGUGUCUUUUGUCUAUUAUUUUCCAUUAUCGUUGAGUAUUAUAUUUUAUUCAGUAUUCUACAGCAACUAUGGAAUCAGAUUUUAGUGAAGAAGAAGAUGUUUAUGACAGUGAUGGAUGGAAACCUCAUGAUGAACAAAAUAGCAGUUCUGCUGAGGAGAGUUUUCCAGACAACAAUCCUGCUGAUAUUGAGACUACAGUAUUAACAGAAGUGACUGAGAAUCAUCAAAAAAUUGAACCUCAAAGGACAAGGAAACGACAGAGACAGCCCUCCAAAGCAGAGAAACGGAAGAAAGGUCGAAAUUCUGGAUUGCCAUACAUCGACUCCAAGGGGAAAAAUGUGGCUGGUAAAGUGUUUGAACAUUUUGACUGUCAAUGCAAGAAAAAGUGUCCUGUGAACAUAAAUGAACUUGAAGGUAAGAAAAUAUUUGACAGCUUCUGGAAACUCAGUUCUUUCGAGAAGCAGAAUGUUUUCAUGUGUGGCCUUAUUAGUCAAAACAAGCCUCAAAACAGACGACCCAGGAGUGGAGCUAAAGCACCUAAAUCAUCUUCAAAUGUGUAUAGAUUCCAAGUAGGUGGAACUAGCAUUAAUGUAUGCAAACAAUUUUUUUUGAAAACGUUAGCUGUCUCUGAUGGGAGGAUGACAAGAGCAGUGAAAAAAAUUCGAGAAAAUAAUGAUCCUGGAAUUGAUAAUAGGGGGCACCACUCUCCUGCAAAUAAAACAUCUGAAAUCCAGGAGAAAGCAGUAUGUGAUCAUAUUUCUUCAUUUCCAUCAUACCAAUCCCAUUACACCAGGGAACACAAUCCGAACAGAAGGUUUCUACCAACUAAUAUUAAUGUAACAAUAAUGUACAAUCUGUACAAGGAGAGAUGUAUUGAAGAGAACCAAGAUCCAGUGAGUUUGAAUGUUUAUAGAAGAAUCUUCAAUAACAAGUUCAACCUUCAUUUUCAUGCACCAUUGAAGGACACGUGCAACAAAUGUGAUGCAUUGAAAUUUAAAAUAGCUUCUGCUAGUGCUCAAGAAAAAGGCAAUUUAGAAAUUGAGAAAGGCUGAGAAGGCUCGUGAAUCCAGAAGUCAAGAUGCAAAAAAAGCACAGGAGGACCCUACAUACUAUGCCCUAACAUUUGACCUUGAAAAAGCUCUCCCAUUCCCAGUUUUGUCUUAGUAUAAGAGAACCUAGUUUUACUAUAAGAGAAAUCUUUAUGUGUAUAACUUAGGAGUCCAUGAGCUAGCAACAAGCAGAGGUUUCAUGUAUGGAUGGGAUGAGACAGUUGCAUCAAGAGGAUCCCAAGAAGUUGGUUCAUGCUUAGUAGAACAUUUAAAAGCACAAGCAGCAACUGCCAACCACAUUGUAAUGUACAGUGAUGCAUGUACAGGGCAAAAUAGGAAUUUAAAGUUACCUCUGUACCUGUUGAAGCUGAUAGGAGGUAGGUCAAUUUCUGCAAGCAUAAUUGACCACAAAUUUAUGGUGAGUGGGCAUUCCUAUCUCCCAAAUGAUCGUGAUUUUGCAUCAGUUGAAAAUUUUGCAAGAGGGAAAUUUAUGUAUGAACCACAGUGUUGGUACAAUGUAAUUUUGAAAUGCCGGAAAAAUAAUACAUUCCAUUUUAAACGGAUGCAAUGUGAAGAUUUCGAAUCUGUGUCAAAGCUGGAAGCAAGUAUCACUCGCCGGAAAAAAAAUUUGGCCAAUGGCCAGGUCAACUGGUUGAAAAUCCAAUGGAUUCGCUUGUUGAAAGAUCGUCCAUUCACCAUCCUGUACAAGGAAUCCUUGAAUGAGGAAAUUCCAUUUUCUGAGUUGAACAUCAAGCCUGCUAAGCCUGGAAGAAAUACAUCUCUCCAUAAUGUGGAUCAACUUCUCCUUCACCCAAAUGGGCGAGAGGUAACCAAAGCAAAGAAAAUGGACAUGCUUAGCCUACUGGCAUACAUUCCUCCAAUCCACCAUUCUUUCUACCAGAACCUCCAGUGCCAGGAUGAAAGAGAGGAACAGGAAGACUUGGGACCUUUGGAAGUAGUAGAGGCUGAAGAAAUUGCAGAUGCUUAAAAUGAACAUUGAUUCAAGUUUUUACCUUCCAGAAUGUUUUACUAUUUUUGAGUGUUAUCAUCAACUAAAAUGAAUUAAUUUCAAAGAAAAAGAUUAACACUUAGAUUGUACUGAAUUUAGCCAUCUAAAGUAUUUUUUAUUUCUACAUAACAUUUUAUUGAAUAAAUACUUCCUUCUAAAAGUAGAUAGUGGUGUAAGUCAUUGUUCCUGUGUUGUUCAGAGUGGUGUAAGUCAGUCUUUUGAGAUACAUAGUGGUGUAAGUCAUAUUAAUCAUAGUGUUCAGAGUGGUGCAUGUAAUUAACACACCUACAAAAAUGUUAAUUGAUUAUUUUUGUGGUCAAAUCAAUAGUCAUUAGUGAAAACAAUACAAGCCUGUGGCCCUGAAAACAUUAAAUUCA